AUGGGUGUCGAGUUUUUGAAAAGAAAUGCUGAAUUGUCACAGCGCCUCGCUGCUAAUAUAAAGCGCAGUAGAGCUGGCACUGAUCGGGAAACUCUUUCAGAUUAUAUUCAAAAUUUAGCAGAGGUGUUAAAAGAUGUUCCACCAGAAAAUAUUUGGAAUUACGAUGAGACGAAUUUAUGUGAUGACCCUGGGCAAAAAGAUUUUGACGAGAAGAGGCACCAAAUACCCGAAAUUAUAAGAGAUACAUCCAAAAGUUCUACAUCGAUCAUGUUUGCUGGAAGUGCUGAAGGAGAAUUACUUCCGCCAUACGUCGUCUAUAAAUCUAAGCAGCUAUGGAAUACUUGGACAGAAAAUGGGCCGAAAAAUACUCGCUACAAUUGUAGUCCUUCCGGAUGGUUCGACAUGAACAUAUUCAAUGACUGGUUUUUCGCACUUGUACUGCCAAAGCUCAAAAAACAGGAAGGCCCUAAAGUCCUCAUAGGCGACAAUCUAUCGUCACAUAUUUCGGUAGAUGUUCUUAAAGCUUGCAAAGAAAAUAACAUACGGUUCGUGUGUCUUCCUCCGAACAGCACCCACUUGACGCAACCACUCGAUGUCGCCUUCUUUCAUCCAAUGAAAGUUGCAUGGCGGAAAAUUCUAACGACAUGGAAGCAGUGCGAACAAGGCAUACGGGAAAAAACUGUUCAAAAGAGCAGUUUUCCAGUCUUACUUAAAAAACUUCUUGCGGAUUUAGAAGAAAAUAGAAAAGAAAACUUAAAAUCCGGUUUCAGGAAAUGUGGGAUUUAUCCGACCAAUGCAAAUGCCUUAUUAGAGAGAUUGCCUAAACCUGUUGAUAAGACUGCGGCAGAAAAUUCUUUUUUGGAAACACUUCAAGCCAAGAGAGUGGAAUGGACUGGAGGCGUUAACCCGAAAAGACGACGAACGAAACUCAACAUAGUUCCGGGAAGAAGUGUCACGGAGCUGAUAGACAGUUCACUGGCGGACAAAGAAAACGAGGAGCCAUGUCUUGAAAUGGAAGCCCAGGCCUCGACUUCAGAACCUCGUCGUACAAGAAUUCAUAGCGACAGUACAUAUGCCGAGAGUGAAAUAUCUCUUCAUGACUCUUCAAACGAUGAAACAAUGAAUGAUAUGCUGGAGACAAUGUCAGAAGAAGAGACAACCGUAGACAAUGCCAGGGAAAGUUCUAAAACAAAAAAAUUUAAACCACUCAUAAAGGCCGAAGGAGAAUAUGUAGCUUUCACAUACGAAGGGGAAGUCUUCCCAGGCAUCAUCACGAAAAUCAAUGAUAAAGGACCGUACAUAUCCUCAAUGAAAAGGUCUCUCAAAUAUUGGAAAUGGCCAAAACCAAAGGAUGAGAUCCAAUACACUUGGAAUGAAGUUCUUGGAUGUAUAUCUGCACCGAAGAAAAUUGGUCGACGUGAAUUUUAUACUGUUCCUGAUCUCGAUCAAAUUUGGGGGACCUAA